GACUGAGCUACUUUCGUGCUUUCCACUCAGUAACCCUCUUUAGUCUAGGCCCAUUCUCACUCCUCCGUCGCUAUCAUUCAACUAGCUCAAACAUCCCAAGGAGAAAAAGGUUAUGGACUUUGACUUCCCCCUCCGGCCGCGAUAGCGAAUGUGUUGGCAAGUGAAAUGUUGACUUCCGUUCUUGACAGACUUCGUUGAUCGCCUUUAAGUUUAGUGAAAUACCACAACCUCAAGUUUCCACUUGUUCGAACCGAACUUGCAGCUCUUACCACCUUGAUGGAAUUCGGCCUUUUCACGCCGGCCCAUCCAUCAUUAACGCAAUGUCUGAAGAAUUCAACUUUCAAUCGCCCUCUGGCGAACUGGCAGCAACACUCCAAGAUGGCCCUACAAUGACAGAACGACAUCAAAGUGUGCCAGUCCCUCCAAGAUCACGUCCAGAAAGUUUAAUACCACUAUCGCGACCCCAUAGCAUCAUGAGUACAGGAUCUGCGGGAAGCCGAGAUCGUCAUACUCUGGUACGUCUUUCAGUUCCACGACCCACUUUUUCUUUUUACUCAAGCAAACCUCCAAGUAAUCUCAGGCUUUUAUCUAACGUUGGUUUAUAGGUUGCGAAAUACCUUCAAAGACGAUGUGCGGCAGCUAAAUGGCUUCAGCCUAUCGAAGAGGAGGAUGGCACUAUCAAUGAAUCGUCAUGGGUCGGUGUCGCUAUGCGGCUUCCGGAUGGGAGCUAUUACACCGAGCCACCAAAUGUCGACAACAAAUUUUAUACUGUGAUGCAGUACAUCAACUGCAAAGUUGCCUUCACAAUGUCAUCUGAUAUCACUGCGGCAUUGAUGGAUCAGAUUGGCCCUUUUCAAACUGAACUCCAAGUGCAUCCACGAGGGAUUAGACUUCCCAUUGUCCAAAAUCUUUCAGAACUUGCAUAUGGAGGGAGUGGCGUGUCCAAAAAAUCGUACUUGUGCGUAUUGAGAGAGGAGAGACUCGUUCUUAUAUGGAAUGAGUCUGUUGAAAGCAUUAUGACUCACGGCGCAGAUGUUGAAAGUAUCCUCGUUGGCAUGGUAAGUCGAAUCAGUCGAACAAUUAUAUGAGCUGUACUUACUAGGAAUGAGGUAGAUCUGGGGAUCUCAUAUUGGGACCAUGACAGCUACUUCUCCAUUCGCAUCCAUGACUCCACCUAUUGAACAAACGCCAGGUCAAACCCCAGGACGAACACCAUCUGCUAUCAGUGAGGAUCGUGAAUUCAAUGAAAAAAUGGGUAUUGUUCAAGCCGCCAUAGAGCGCGAAGAGAACAAGGACACACUUUUUAAUCCAGAUAUUGAGGCCGCUGAGCCGCCGGAGAGACCCUUCCUAUUAUUACAUGCUGGCGUCAUUGGAUUUGCCAUGACCUUAGUGGUUUUCGUAGAAAUGCUUUGCGCGUCACGACUUAUAACAGAAUAUCAAUGGGAUAGUGGUGUACUGCGCUUUGCACUGGUUGCUGUCAUUCCCUUUUUCGUUUGCUUUUCUCUGGUAAGACGUCUCAAGCCUCCUUGUAUGUGGCGUUAGCCUGAGAACACGAGAGAACUACCGACAAUUUUCCGAACAUGGCUAACACUUUAUUGAUCAGUUCUUCAUGGUUGUUAUAGCUGGGAGUCUAUUUCAAUUAUUUGGACCCUUGACUUAUGUUCGAAAGAAUUCUCGGUUCUAUUCGGCCAAGCCGCCCAAGAGGGGUCGUUACCCAGACUUGGAGCUUCCACAUAUCACUAUUCAAAUGCCUGUCUACAAAGAAGGUUUGAAAGGGUAAGAGCAUAUGUGAAACUGAUUGAAAAAAAUCGCUGACUAUUUGAUAGUGUUAUUAUCCCAACUGUAACGAGCAUACUGGCUGCUAUCCGAUACUAUGAAGCACAAGGAGGUUCCGCUUCAAUCUACGUCAACGAAGAUGGAAUGCAAGCUGUAGAUCCCGAGUUACGUGAAGCUAGAAGGACUUUUUAUGAACUGAAUAAUAUCGGAUACUGUUCACGCCCCAAGCACACCCAUAGCAAAAAGAAAUGGUACCAAGGAAAGAAGGUACAAGAUAACCCUGAAGGAUUCGAGCGAAAGGGCCAAUUCAAAAAAGCAUCAAAUAUGAACUACUGCCUCAGUUUUUCCAUUAGAGUCGAGGAUGAGCUGCUAAGACUCAUUGCCGCAAAAUCUGUAGCUGAGAACCGGCCAGAAGGUGAUAUCACUUUAGAUGAGGAGGAUUUACUUUAUAAACAAGCUUUAGCGACAUGUCUUGAGCAAGACGAAGGAAGGACUAUGGCUGGAGGCAAUGUUCGUAUAGGUGAUAUAAUUUUGAUCAUCGAUAGUGACACCCGAGUUGUGAGUAUCCUCUAUCAUAGAGUAGAUCAAUUGCUAAUGGGCUUAGCCUGAGGACUGUCUUCUUCUUGGCGCAUUGGAAAUGCAUGAGAGUCCUGAAGUGGCUAUCCUGCAACAUGCUUCUGGUGUCAUGCAGGUCGCCCACAACCCUUUCGAGAACGGAAGUAUGUAUUUAUAUCGGAAGUGAUUUGAGAUAUAUCACUAAUAACCCAUAGUUACCUACUUCACGAAUCUCAUCUACAUGUCCAUCACCUUCGCAGUAGGAAAUGGGGAUUGUGCUCCAUUUGUUGGGCAUAAUGCUUUUUUGCGCUGGAAGGCGGUACAGAGCGUAGCUUACAAAGAAGAUGGACAAUUGAAGUUUUGGUCCGAUGGUACGUCAGCCCCAUGCUCAUUUUUUUUUUGCAACAUGAGACUGAUGCCAUGCCAGAUCAUGUGUCCGAAGAUUUUGACAUGAGCCUACGACUUCAAAUGGCGAAAUUCAUCGUCAGAUUGGCAACUUACCACGAAGGUGGUUUUAAAGAAGGUGUAUCCCUCACCGUCUAUGACGAACUCGCUCGAUGGGAAAAGUAUGCCUACGGAUGCAAUGAAUUAGUCUUCAACCCCAUUUACAAGUGGUGGCGAGGUCCCUUUACCAAGCUCUUUAUGAGAUUCCUUUGGAGUGAUAUCAAGCUCACCUCCAAAAUCACAAUUCUAGCCUACAUUGGAACCUGUGAGUAUUUAUUACAAUACGACCUCACAUUCAGACGCUAACCCCACAUCAGACUACGCAAUUGCCUGCGCCAUUCCCCUCACCCUCGCAAACUAUAUAAUGGUCGGCUGGUUCAACGACUCCCUCGACCAAUUCUAUCUUACCUCAUGGAAAAUCUUCGUCGGCAUGGCUGUAAUUUUCAACGUGCUCUCACCCCUCGCGUUCGCCAUGCUCCGUCACCGACUCGGUGAAAAAGUCUUCGUCUCCUCCAUCGUCGAAACGGCAAAAUGGACACCAAUGUUCAUCCUUUUCUUCGGCGGAAUCUCUUUCCACCUCUUAACUGCUAUAUUAUGCCACUUUUUCAGCAUCAAAAUGGAAUGGACGGCCACGGCUAAAGAAGUCGAGGCAGGUGGGUUUAGAAUCGGUUUAGAUAAAAUAUUUAGAGAUUUUAAGUGGAUGUAUUUGGCUAUUGUUCCAAUCUUAGCGGGCAUGGUAUAUUUGGGUGCUUUCGCACCUCGUGGAUACGAGGUUACGGAUUUUACAGCUAUAGUACCGCUAUCUAAUCAAGUCGCUUGUCAUAUUUUGCUUCCUGUAAGUCUCCCCUCCUCUAGCCAUUGCCGUUUUUCGGGGCAUGACUGACAUCCCACUAGUUCGCGCUAGGACUUUUCUAGAUCUAGAGCUGUGUCAGUAUUGUAUAUCAUUGUAUAUACACAGAUCAACUAUUAUACACUCCUUAAUCAUACCCGUAAUCGAACCAGAUAGCAUAGAGAAGAUUCUUAACAUUUCGCUUAAACACAGAUCGGCCGGAAGGGAACGUGUUUCGCUCGCGUAUUUGAACAGCAAGUGGCGUGCUAAUCUUUGAUAUAUUAUUAUCAUGACUUGGAUGGGUAUAUCAUGAAAAAGGCCUUAGAUAUUCUCGAACAUCUAAUUUUCUGAAAUGACGAGAAAGCUGUGGAUUGAAUGUGUAAGAAGUAAUAAAUGUAUUUAUUGUUGGCUUUCAAUUUGCAAACUAAGAUCUUGCUGCGAGAGUUCCAGAUAGUAGGAUAUGAGAUAGAUUGGGCAAAAGAUUAGUGGCACUAUAAGAGAAGUAAUGCGACGUAU